AUGAACGCUGGGGACCGCGCCUACGUUCUCCGGUCUACCACCAAGAGCCUCGCGCAGUUUCUGCUGGAGCCCUCCCUGGAAGAACAGACCAGGUUUGCAGGAGACUUCGACAGGCUGAAGCCGUCUCCGGAGGGCGCCUGGCCGUGCGAGAAGCUGAUGCAGCGCCUGGCGACGGCCCCAGACAGCAAGUACCCCGCGGUGCUAGUGGCGACCGGCGCGAUGAGCCCUGCGCACCGGGGGCACCUGCUGAUGAUGUGGGAGGCGAAGGCCCGGCUGGAGCGCUGCGGCUACGCCGUCGUCGGGGCGUGGCUCGCGCCUGCCGGCGCGGCCGCAGCAGGCAGGGAGGCGCAGGCGACCGGCAGCGUGCAGCUCAGCUGGGCGUUCCGGCACAAGGUUCGAGCAGCGACGAAGCAUCACAGUCUGCUGGCUGGCCUGCCGAGCAAAGCUCUUGGAAGCUGCUGCGGCCUUUACUCGACGUUCUGA